UGUAUGUUGCAUMUUGAGAACAUGUGAAAGUUUGUUUACAUGGAUCCCAUCAUCUCUUCUUUUAUCCAUGGAAUACAAUCCUCUUAUUAUUAGCUACCGUUAAGAUUUGGUAUUUGCCCUCGGUUUGAGAUUUGAUGGCAAAUGUUUCAGGUUUUUGUACGASCUUGGUGAUCGGAGGAGUGAAAUCUCGAAUGAAAUGAUGACCGUCAACUCCAAUGCCUUAUCAACUCAUGAUACUUCAGGGCGAAAAGAUCAGACAACAUUGGACCCUUCAGAUGGUACAUUACGUAAAGAUUCGACUGUAUUGCAUGAAACGAGAUCGCAGAAACUUGCCAGAGUCAACGGCCAACAAGAUGACCACGCGGAAACAAAAGAACCCUCGCCACAUCAACCCGAAUUAUCGUCUUCAAACGUCCGAGUUUCUACAAGAAGUAGUACAAGACCUCAGAAAAGACAAAGAAAAUCUUUAAGUUCACCUCAAGCGACUGUACAACAUGACACUCCAACRACUGGUUCAUCAAGAGCAACAAAGAAAACUGGAAAGAAACGCAAGCGGCAGUGGGAAUCUUGGAGUCAAGAAGACAAAAAUGCUUUCUUUGAHGCCUUACACGAGCAUGGCAAAGAUUUUGACAAGAUUCAAGUUAUCUUACAAACAAGACACAAACGUAGAGGAGACCCAAAGAACCUCAUCAAAAACAAAGACCAAGUGAGACAUUUUUACUAUCGUACGCUAAAUAAGAUAUCAAAAUACGUACCAAAAGACAAGCAAUUUACCACUGAAACCGAUCCUCAUCAAAAGACUGUUCUGGAGCUUCGUAGUUUAACUUGUUUUGGAGAGUUAAGAAAAAGAAUUGGAGGGCUUGGGGAAAAACAAGGGAAAAAGUUACAUGAACUUUUGGAGUAUGGAUGGACGACAAUUCGUCAAAGUGGACGUAAUGCAAGGUUAAAGGCACCUACAUGUAGAGCUUUAAAAAGGUUAACAUUAGGGGAUACAUUAGGAAAAUGUGAUGAAUCAUCCAAUCUUCCACCACCGGUUCCUCCAAAGCUUGAUUUGGAGUUCCUUCCAAUUGAUAACGCCACUUGGCUAGCUGUUCAAGGAAUUUCAAAGAACCCUAGGUUAAAGACCACUGUAUCAUCUAAGAAACCACUGAGUCUUGUCAUAACAUUUCUUACAAAGAAAUGGCCUGUGAAAUCAUCCAAGCCAGGAACCAAUGAGUUUUUGGCUCUUUGCAUUGCURUGCCUGUUGAAUUUGUUCUGGCAGAAGAUUCACAACAGAGUGAAAGUACGUUGAGUGACAGCUUACCAGACUUGAACAAGAAUAGCACCAUUGAUAGCAAUCAACACAAGGAAUUGCCCUUGGAGAGUGACAUUCCGAAUUUAGCAGACAGGGAAGUGCAGUGCACUAAUCCGUCAUUACAACUCCCUAAUGUAAAUAAUCCCUCAAUUAGUUCGCAUAGUAUCUCGAAAGAUGAUCACAAUGUUGCUGGAUCAACAGAUAGCUCAACCAAUGAGCGCAAAUUAUGGACAUCUGCAAACUGCGGUAAUAUAACUAUUGGCGAUAUUUACUGCAAAUUGCAAAGGCCACCUAAACUCAAAUUUGAGUACUUAUUUCAACAAGUUGAUACUUCACCAGUAAUGCAUGGUAAUAAUGCACUACAGAAACUUGUUAGUAUCGCAAAGACAGAGUUUCUGUCUACAAAGAAGGGCUCGACGGCAAGCAGAGCAGCAKCUGGUAAUGCUGACUCUAGCAAGCCUGCAAAUAGAAUGACUACAGGAAGAACACUGCGAAUUGCUCCUAAAGCAUCUGAACGUUUUUCAUUUAUUUUGCCGUCGAUAUUUCAGCCUGCACCKCGGCAGAUGUUUAAUCAAACUUCAUUAGUCAAUCCUUCAUCGUCAAUGAAGACAAGUAGCACUYCUAGUUAUGUGAAUAGCAGGAAAAGACUGAAGAAGAACCAGCAACCUGUCACAAAGUCUCCAGCUGUUGUACAAAGAAAACUCUUACCAAAUCCAGUGAAUGCAAUGCCUCGUGGUGCUGUCGCUGUGUCGUUUAUUCCACAACCAGUGCAGCCUAUAAGUCCUGCUCCUUCACCUGUUUUUUGUCCAGAUACCACAACACAUGCAUUGUCYCCUGAUGUGUCUCCUAAACCAGUUGCAAGCAGUACUGCAACUCUAACAGCUACAAAAACUAUUCUUGCUGACACACCGCCACCUACAAGUCCAUUAACUCCUGUGACCUCACCUUCUCCGUCCAGUAAUGUCAUAACAACAGUCUUAGAGACAGGUAUCCGACAACAUCCUGUAGCAGACAAUCCUACUGCUCCUCAAGAGAACAUCUCCUCUGGACUUAAUGACAUAUCUUGUAUUUCAAAUCCUGUUGUUACUUUACCAGAAGUUGACCAACUUAUUGACACACUGCAGAACUUUACUCCUAGAGCUGUUUCUUCYGGAUUAGAMAGUGAUAUCAGUGCAGUGAAUAGCUCACUACAACUCGAUCCAGYUGUUACUAUGAACGAUGAUUCAAGUUCAGAACUUCUUGCUAGUAUAAUAGGGCUAAAUGCAUUCCCAACAACCAAUACUCAGACAUUAUCAACAGUAUCUGAUUCUCAGAACAUUAAAUCACCAACAGAAGGGCAUAUUCAAGAGCUAACUACAGGAAUUGCUGGGUGUUCUGCUGUGUCAUUCCCGACGACAUCUUUUGUUGACAUUCUCACUGCAUCAAGUACAGGAACUGUACCAUCAGUUGCUACAUGUACAGCCACUACUCAUAGUUUGUUUUUUAACUCAGUAACUGAAAACUCUAGUGAUGCUUUUACWGUAACCACAAAUGAUAAGCCUUGUCUUUCACCAAAUAAUGUACCUACUACACUGUUUGCUUCACCACAAGCGUCACCAGUGGGGAUGACAUCRCCAACACCUGACCAUCAAUGGUUCAAUGGAGAGGUUUCAGAUAUUUCUCUCAGUUUAUUUGAAAAAUUUGCAGUUUCACCAGAAAAGGAACCCAAGUUUGGGUUUGACGUUCCUAGUGUUCCAUUGUUYACAGUCAGCAAAGAUUCAGUAUCACAGGACUCGUUGUUCGGUGGGAGAUCAAUGAUCGAGACUGCUCAAGCUGAAAGAGCACUCAGGGCAAUCAUGGAUGAAAACAGUGUUGAUUAUGUCAAGAAAUUUCAAGACCUCACGAAACAAAUAACCAGAGAAGACAAGUGUUCAAACAGUGGUGGAGAAAGCAGCUCAGAUAGUUGUAAAAGUGGAGUCCUCUCCUUUAAAGAUCUUCUUUGCAAACCRGAAAACCCAAGUGACUAAAAUAUUAAGAGUAUAGAACUAUUGAAUAUGCYUUUAUGUUGAGGAUGUUCAUACAAAAUAAUUAUAUAUUGUUUAUAAGAAAGUUCAAAUUUCUAAAAAACUGUACAUAUACAGUGUCUCUUUCUAGCCUACUUUAGUCUUCUACUCCAGGUAGUUCUUGGUUUGACACUCAUUUCCAAGCACAAACUCACAUCUUAAUAGCCACUUUACAGUACCCUGUCCAUGCCUUCUUGAAAGGUAACUAAUAAUGCCUAUGCACAAUAAAUGCAGUGAGCCAGUUAUUCAGUAUCUAUCAUURCAAGCUCAAGUGUAGUCUUGCUUUGAUGGAAAGGUUCAGUUACUUUUCAAGGUAGCACAGAGAGCUGUGAAUAUUAUUACUAUAGUAAAUCUAGUAGAAAUACUGAAAGCUCUUAUAAGCAAAACCUUAGCUAAAAAAACUAAGUUUUAUCAAGAAUACUGUAUACCUGCUUUCCAUAAAGCUGAUUUACAAAAUGUGACUAUUAAUGUACAAUGUACAUGACAGAACUGUACUGUCUAAAUGAAUCAACAAUUAGACACUAGAUGUGUCAAGCUUAUGAACCCAGAAUCAAAAUCCUGACUGCUGUAUGAAUUACACACACACUUCAAGUUGCACAGGACAAGUUGCAUCAUGUAAAUCACCCUACAUUAACAUGGUAUAUUAUUGAAUUUUGAUCUGUUAUAAGGACAAUUAUUUUAAAGUUCAUGUUAGAGUUUUAAAAAUCUAUUUCAAGAAGUUCACUUGUUUUUUAAUUUCUCCAUCUGUAAACAUGAGCACCAGUCACAUUUGUAAUUAUGAUUCAAAAUUAUGAUAGCACUGUAUUGAUUUGAGAUAUGUUUCAUUGAAAAAAAAGUCUAUUGAUAAAGUUACUAAAAAGCUAUAUUUGUCAGUUGAUUCUUCAAUUACUGCUCAUGCAUUAAAAAUUAUUGGUUAAUAUUUCAA